AUGAACUGGGUUGACAAAAUAGACUUUAAGAGAGUAAAAAGUUCAUGCCUAGAAGGCGAGUUGAAAAUAAAGAACGUAGGAAAUAUGAAUGCAAAACUGAAUGCAAAAAAUGGCGAAAUGUUUAACAAAAUUAAAAGGACAACGAAUGUGGGAAGCUGUACCGGAAGUAUGAAUUCCCUGUCAAGUGGCCCAAGGGUCAGUGAGGAAAACGGUAAAAAUGAAAGAAAAGGUAAAUAUGUUGAAAACAGUCAAAAUGACAAAAAUAGCAAUUAUGACAAAAAUAGCGAUAAUGACAGAAAUAGCGAUAAUGACAGAAAUAGCGAUAAUGACAGAAAUAGCGAUAAUGACGAAGAAAAUUUUGAAAAUCUUGGAGUUCCCCCAACAAAGGAAACCGAGGAAGACGAUAUAGAAGUACACCUCGCUCAUAAAGAGAAAGAGAACCCCCUUAUAAAAGAAGAAGCGGGAGGUAAAAGUAAAAUGUCAAUAUUUUUCAGCAUGACAAAAGAUGCUUAUAAAUCGUUUAAUUUGGACAAACUGUUUUUAUGUAACAACAACAUUAACGAGUUUUUCAAUGACAAACUUACAGAUAUUCAUGUUGGUGACUAUUCAGGUGAUUUCAAAAAAUUAUGUACAAAUGCAGGAGAAAAUAUAGAGAAUGUUAUAAAAGAUAAAAAUAGCAUAGUGAAAAUAAUAAAAAAAAACUUAGGAAAGAAAAACUCAUACAUACUAGAAAACAUUUACAACUCCUUUAAAGGUACUAUAAACGAUUUUAUCGAUGUUUAUAUAGAACAAGAAAAUGAAGAUGUGGAAUCUAUGUACACCAAAAUAUAUGACACACAUAAAAAUUUUAGUAGUACCCAUGAAAUGCAUCUACGUAAGGAAAAGAAUAAAUUAGAAGACGGAAAUACAAUACAUGAACACGACAGUGGAAAAAAAUAUAAUAUAGACAAAGAUAUAUUCAGAAGGAAGGGGAAAGAAGAAAUUAAUAAUAAUAAUGUCUAUUUCAGUAGGGAUGGAAGUAAGAAAAAGGAAUAUCCCCACGUUAGUAAAAGUAGUAGUACGCAUAUAGGGGAAAACACUUCUCCUUACAGAUCAAAUGGAGUAUUUGAAAACAAACAUGACAGCAUAAAUAUUGAUAAGGAUCUUUCAUUAUACGAAAGUAAACUAUUAGAAAGGUAUGAUCAUGAUACGACUUCUUAUCCUUAUAAUGACGAAUUAAAGGGGGAAAACAAUUUAAAUUUAAAAAAAAAAAAUUAUUUAUCCUAUGGGCUGAGUAAAAAGCCUGAACAAAUCAACCAUAUGGACUAUCCGGAUAAAGUCGAAUAUGCAAACAUAAUUUUUGACUACUUAUACAAUCAAAGGGAUAUGAAGAUGUGCGAUUAUGAUGAUAAGCAGGGGCUAGAAAAGAAGCGGCCAUCAGAAGGGAAAAGCGAAAAAGAUGGAAAAAGAGAAAAAGAUGGAAAAAGAGAAAAAGAUGGAAAAAGAGAAAAAGAUGGAAGUUGCAGAAAAGACGAAAAAGACGGAAAAAUCAUUGCCGUUCAGGUGAAUGAUAAGAACGUGUUCGAUAUAUCCCCUCUAACGGAAAAAUAUAAAUACCGAUCAAACAUAAUACUUACUAUAAAUAAGAUUAAGAAUAUAGAAAAGAUAAUCGAAAUUAAUGUAAGCAUCCCGGAUGUUCAACUAAAAAUACCUGGUAUGAGAAUAGAAAACGUGGUAUUACCGUACAAGUGUUCCAACGAAAUGUUGACAAUACAAAUAAAGACGUUAGGGGAACGUGAAGGGAGUGAAAUAGAUGAAGGAAUUGAAGUUGAAGAAAAGGGCAAAGAAGGUAAGGAUGGAAAUUAUGAAACCAAAUCUAAAGGGGAAAAAUACAUUAAAAUGGACGGUAAUAAAUAUAACAAAAUAAUUGAUUAUAGAAUGAAAAAAAAAAAUGUGAGCAAUUUCUACAAUGAGGCACAGGAAACAGGGGAUAGAAAAAAAGAAGUGGAGUCUUCUAUAUUAAAGUGCUACUACGUAUUCAUACCUCUAGCCAAUAUUAAGGAAGAGAUCAUAAAUAAAAGAUUAAUUUUAAUAACGUCUAAAUAUAAGGAAAUAUAUGAAAAGGAAAGAUUGUUACCAGAAACGAUAUAUUUAAUUGAAAGUAAAGACAUCAUUUCGAUGGGUGAAAAGCAUAUGUACAUUUCGAUAAAGAAAUGUGUGCAUGGGAUUCAUUACUACCCUGGUGGUGGUACUCCUGAUGGUAUUCAGAGCCUUAGUCGCUACCGCAGUCAUAGUGGUGGUGAUGAAAACGGAGUGGUACAUGAUUUGUACAAAAAAAUCAUGUCGAGCGAGCACAAAUCGAAUGAUACAUUUAAGCCUACAUACGUUAGUUUGUAUAAUGAUGAAGUAGACAGAGAAAUUGGUAAAAUUAUGAAUGAGUUUAAUCUAGUUGAUAAAAUAAAAAUUGUAAAAUUAGAAGAAAAAGGACGCUACUUAAUUAACAAUUCACAUUUCGAAUUCUUUUUUAGUAAAGAGAAUAUAUUCCUUUGUAGUAUUCAUAAUAAUUGUAGAAAUAUUGAACAAGCAAGUAGUGUAUUUAAUUUUAUUUCCAACAGUUUUAUUGCUGUAAAAAGUGUCAUUGAUUUCUUUCCUUUGAAUAUCCUUCCACUAAUACAAGAUGUUCAUUACUUUUCUUUUAUAGAGAAAAAUAAUUUUUUAAAAUUAAAAUUUAUAUUACACUUUCUAGCUAUAACUGAAAGUAUAUGCAUUCAUUUGUGCUCUCUGUUAAACAUAAACACAGAGGGGACAUAUGCCCUCUUUCAAAAUUAUCUUAAAUCUGUCCAAAUAAGCGACGAAAAUAAAAAAAAAAAUUAUUUCACAUUUUUAUAUACGUCUAAUAGGGGGAAACAGGAGGGAGGUUCCAACUUGUUCAACUAUGAUAAGCCGUUCAUCUUUCGAUUUCAGGGAGUAAUCGGUGGGGAGGUAUGCGGUGGGAGUGUAUGCACCCGGGAGAUAAAAGAGGAGAAGUCUAAAUUAGGAAUCAAGUCAAAGGAGAAUUCCAAGUGGAAGUCAAAUAAUAAUAUUAACAAAGAAAGGCAAUCCUCUAAUACAGCAUGGAUUGAAGGGGGAGGAUUGUGUGGGCGAGAAGUAGCACAACCAAAAGACAGGCACGCAAACGAGGUGAACGAUAACGACCUUUUCAUUUUGAACUAUGCACAGAAGCAAUCUUUAUAUCUUUAUAAUGCAAUUAAAAACAGUCGGGAUAUAAAAUGGAUCUCACAGUGUUACGACAAAAAGAGAAAUAUAUUCUACACAAGAGACUAUCAAAAGAAGCAGUUUCAAGAUUAUUACAUUAACGCGCUGAACAGUUACAAUGAGUUAGUUAAAGAGUACGACGAGGAAUAUGCCUGUCUGGGAGAGGAAAAAAUGAAAGAAACGGAGGGAGAAAAGGGGCAGGAAAAAAAGGACGAAAAAGAGGAAGAAAACGAGGGCGAAAAAGAGGAAGAAAACGAGGACGAAAAAGAGGAAGAGAACGAGGACGAAAAAGAGGUAGAAAAUGAGAAAGAGAAGGAAAAUAUUCCAAAUUUUUUGAGCCAUGAAAAUGUAAUCUUCUCAAAUAACAGAGAUUAUCACGUUAGUCAUAAUCAUUAUAAUGAUAAUUCCCCCACACAUGGAUCCCUCGCACAGAGCUACGUAUGUAUUAGCAAUAACAAUUAUGAUGAUACUUCUUGGGAUCAACAUCAAUGCAGGGAGGUGGGCGAUGAACUUUACCGACGAUGUAAAUACGCGGAUGGGCAGGAGUACAAGAAUAGGCGGUAUGAGCGUGAGGAGUACGAGCGUGAUAAAUAUGAGCAUAACGAUGAAGAACAUAACGCAUAUGAAUAUAAUCAGCAUGAAUAUAAUCAGCAUGAAUAUAAUCAGCAUAAAUAUAAUCAGCAUGAAUAUAAUCAGCAUGAAUAUAAUCAGCAUGAAUAUAAUCAGCAUGAAUAUAAUCAGAAUGAAUAUAAUCAGCAUGAAUAUAAUCAGCAUGAAUAUAAUCAGAAUGAAUAUAAUCAGAAUGAAUAUAAUCAGAAUGAAUAUAAUCAGUAUGGAUACGAGCAACAUGGCCGAAGAGGGGACAGGCCACCAAAUGGAUUGGCACAAGAAGAAACAAAGAAUAAAGAAUUUAAUUUUGAUUAUAAUAUUAACUCAAGGGGAAUUAGAGAAUUUGGUAAUACCCUUACUCCACAAUGUAGCGGUUACAAAAACUAUAAUAAUUAUAACGAAAUGACAGAAUUAAUUAAUGAAGAUCAAGAUAUUAAUUACAACUUAUAUAAUGAAAAAGGGUGUGAUGAAGGCAAUAGCAGCUUGGCACUUACCAAUAUGGAAAGGCUAAUAAAUACAAAAAAGAAAUUAGAUCAUCAUACCAGUCUUAGGUGUAGGAACGGACAAAAUAGAACUAACAUGUUGAACGAUGAAAUGAGGGAUGGUAAGGAAAACCAUGGGGAUAGACUCAACAAGCUGUACAAUGGAUGUACAAAUGAAGCAAGGAAUAAAUUAAAACGUAUAUACGAAUAUGCUAAAUAUAAUAACAAUUACAAUAAUAGCCAUAAUAACAGUAACAAUCACGAUAUUGUAUUACGGAAUGAUAUGCAUGAAAACGAAAAUGCAAAUUCUACGUUUUUUGAUGAUCCUAUCUCAUCGAGUCUGUAUCAUAUUAAUAGAAACAUAAACACUGAUCUAGCACAUAUAUCUGGACAUAAUAUAACAAAUAUGGAUUAUUACUAUUACAACGAAAGAGAUGGCUUAUUAGAUAAUAACAUGGUGGAUAAUCAUGAAAUCAAGGAUAUCACAAAAAAUGCUCUCAAGAGCCAUAGUAGGCAUAGUAACAUAAACAAAAAGAAUUAUUCUAUGAAUGGAAAAAACAGUUCCUUUAAUGUAAUUAAUAAUGACAUAGCUAGUUCUAAGCAUAUGUUACUCGAACAAGAUGCAUAUUCUAAUGAGAAGGAAGAGCGAAACAUCGAUGCUCUAAAGUUUGACAAUAAUUAUACCAGUAGACAAUGCAAGUUAGUUAGUAGUAGCGUAAAUAACUUUUAG